AUGGCGACAGCCCUCCUCUUGCCUGUUUUGGAAGGUUCCCUCUAUUCCAAUCCUUCUUCUUCCUGCUCUCGGGGGGUUCCCUCUAUCCCAAUCCCUCCUCUUCUGAGUCUCUGGGGGGGUUCCCUCUAUCCCAGUCCCUCCUCUUCCUGCUCUUGGGGGGUUCCCUCUAUCCCAAUCCCUCCUCUUCCUGCUCUCGGAGGGUUCCCUCUAUCCCAAUCCUUCUCUCCAGUCUCGGGGCAUUCCCUCUAUCCCAAUCCCUCCUCUUCCCAGUUUUGGAGGGUUCCCUCUAUCCCAAUCCCUCCUCUUCCCACUCUCUGGGGGUUCCCUCUAUCCCAGUCCCUCCUCUUCCCACUCUUGGGGGGUUCCCUCUAUCCCAGUCCCUCCUCUUGCCUGUUUUGGAAGGUUCCCUCUAUUCCAAUCCUUCUUCUUCCUGCACUCGGGGGGUUCCCUCUAUCCCAAUCCCUCCUCUUCCCAGUCUCUGGGGGGGUUCCCUCUAUCCCAGUCCCUCCUCUUCCUGCUCUUGGGGGGUUCCCUCUAUCCCAAUCCCUCCUCUUCCUGCUCUCGGAGGGUUCCCUCUAUCCCAAUCCUUCUCUCCAGUCUCGGGGCAUUCCCUCUAUCCCAAUCCCUCCUCUUCCCAGUUUUGGAGGGUUCCCUCUAUCCCAAUCCCUCCUCUUCCCACUCUCUGGGGGUUCCCUCUAUCCCAGUCCCUCCUCUUCCCACUCUUGGGGGGUUCCCUCUAUCCCAGUCCCUCCUCUUGCCUGUUUUGGAAGGUUCCCUCUAUUCCAAUCCUUCUUCUUCCUGCACUCGGGGGGUUCCCUCUAUCCCAAUCCCUCCUCUUCCCAGUCUCUGGGGGGGUUCCCUCUAUCCCAGUCCCUCCUCUUCCCACUCUUGGGGGGUUCCCUCUAUCCCAGUCCCUCCUCUUGCCUGUUUUGGAAGGUUCCCUCUAUUCCAAUCCUUCUUCUUCCUGCUCUCGGGGGGUUCCCUCUAUCCCAAUCCCUCCUCUUCCCAGUCUCUGGGGGGGUUCCCUCUAUCCCAGUCCCUCCUCUUCCUGCUCUUGGGGGGUUCCCUCUAUCCCAAUCCCUCCUCUUCCUGCUCUCGGAGGGUUCCCUCUAUCCCAAUCCUUCUCUCCAGUCUCGGGGCAUUCCCUCUAUCCCAAUCCCUCCUCUUCCCAGUUUUGGAGGGUUCCCUCUAUCCCAAUCCCUCCUCUUCCCACUUUUUGGAGGGUUCCCUCUAUCCCAAUCCCUCCUCUCCCAUGGCACUUUUCCCCCAUCCCCUUUCCCUGCCUGGCCGGGCUCGGUGCUUCAAAAGCCGCUUGGAGCCUCCGACAUCACUUCAACCUUCUUAUUUUAUUUUUUUCUUUGCAGAAAGGUAAAAAUAAUAAGAAUAUUAAAAAGAAAAAAAACCAACAACACAAAAUAGCAACUCCAGCUUAAAACCACAACCUCCCCCUUCGCCGCUCGGCGCCGCAGGGACCUUUUGGGGUGUAUAAAGCAUGUUUGUGCUCUUGCUUUUUCGGGAGAGCUGGACUCCGGAUCGGAACAGCUUCCGUUUACACCGUGUGCUGGGGCUGCUCCCCCGCUUCUCGCUUACUCCUUUGCCGGGUUUAUUUUUGUAUUUUUCUUUUCUUUUCUUCUUUUUGUUGCCGUUUUGGUUUUUUUCCUUCCUUCCUAUAACCUCUCGGCAGGAUUCGGUGCUGAAAUAACGUGCGCUCUGCUGUUUUCCCUCUUUUUCUGUCUUUUUUU